CUCACGAACAGAGCGAGCGUCAUCCUGGAGACACAGAUAAACCAGUGGCGUUGCCUUCGCUGCAGGAUGUGGCACGUCUGACAUUUGAGGCGUUGCAAACAGUCGCGCAAACAACAAGCAGAGGCCGACCUGGAAGCCCCGCUCGGCAGGAAGCCGUGGCGUCCGUGGCUCUGGCGGUGGGCCGGCAUGGAGCUGACCACGCUGUGCGUUAUCCUGGGUGGGUUCGAGCUGUUUCCUCUGGUUCUGGCAGUUUCUCUGAGGGUCCGGCCCAACAGGUCUCAGUUCUUCGUCCAUGAUGAGAUUUUUCUAGACUGCGAUCUGGAGGGAAACUCCUCAGACUGGAGAGUUAAGAGAAGAAGACAUGGCUCGGUAGAAGACCUCUGUACAUCCUCUGUUCCAAAAUGCUUUUUGGACACUCUCUACCCAGUGGACACUGGAGAUUACUGGUGCGAGUCUGAGGCCGGAGAGCUCAGCGACACUGUCAGCGUCAUCGUGACAGGUGGCGCUGUGAUCCUGGAGAGUCCUGCUCUUCCGGUGACAGAGGGGGAAACUGUGACGCUGAUCUGCAGGAGUCGGGAUCUUUCCUCUUCUUCCCCCAAUUCGUCCCGAUUCUCUUCAAACUUCUACAAGAACGACUUCCUGAUUGGAAGCAGCUCGACAGGAAACCUGAGCGUCCUCGGUGUGUCUCGGUCCGACGAAGGACUCUACAAGUGUAACAUCUCAGGGGUUGGAGAGUCCUCGCUCAGCCGACUGACGGUCAGAGCAGGGCGACCUGAGCCGACCACGGGCCCGCUCAUGACUCGCAUUCUGUUUCCUGUGUUUGGUGUCUGCCUGGCGAUCGUCGCACUGAUGCUGCUGCUCGCUCUAUCCAGGAGAUUCAAAGGUGGAGUUGAAGAAGCCGUUUCCUACACCGACGUCACCAUCACUCAGGAGGGCACAGCUCGGACACUGGCAGAUUUAGACUCGGAACCGACUUUCUACUCCACCCUGAACCUGGAGAGCCUCUGACGCAUCUCAGGGAUGUUUGGCCUGAAAGAAGACUUUAACAUCCUUUUCUGGAGGAGCUGUUUGUCUCUUCAGUGUCUUCAGAUCAGACUGAGUCUCUCUGGCUCUGCAGUGUCAUCGAUCUUCCACCAAACUAAAGCACUGGAGAAGAACCGGGACCACAGAGGGUGUUUUGUUGCUUUUAUUUUAAUCUUCAGGUGGUGAAAACUGCCAUAGUUCAAUAAUGUGUUCUUUAGAAAACAGACCUGAAUGUAAGAUGCAAACUUCACAUUUCAGCUAAAAACCACAACAAUAUAAAUGCCAAACUGUUUAUCGACAGAUGGACAAACUCACGGGAUUGCCCUGCACGCGCCUCAAAGUGUCUGAUCUCACACGCUUCGUGUUUUCCAUGAAAACCGAAACCAGAAGCAACGUGAUGAAACCAGAAGUGGAAUUAUUCAGAAAUUUUUUUAACCAAAACCACAAAUAAUCAUGAAAUACUGAAGCAAUCUACUUCUGAAUUUAAUUAUUUCUCUUCUUUUUUUUUUUUUUUUUUGGAACA